AUGUCUGAGUCAAUCAUAAACAGGAAACAAUUCCAACAGCUUUAUAGAAAAGAUUUCGCAAUUGAGCCAAUGGCUGAAGACUUGAUUCUAAAAAUUGGUGAAGAUUUCUUUUAUAGAUUAACUGAUAUGGCUACAGAUGCAGCAGCUGCAAGAGAAGGCGGAAACAUUGAAAUCGAAGAUUUUAAGAUAAUUUUAGAAAAAUAUUGGGAUAUCAGAGUCCCAGAAUUUGAAAGAGAAGACUCUUUGAGACCUACAAGAAGAAAUGCUUCAAGAAAAGGCAGAGAAGAGAAAGCCAGAAAAGCUUAUAACACAAGAGCAAAAUAA